AAGGAUGAUGACAUUGAAGAGGGGGAUCUUCCUGAACACAAGAGACCUCCAGCACCGAUAGACUUCUCAAAAAUUGAUCCAGGCAAGCCUGAAAGUAUCCUGAAGCUGACGAAAAAGGGGAAGACUUUGAUGAUGUUUGUCACUGUAUCGGGAAAUCCCACAGAAAAGGAGACGGAAGAAAUUACUAGCUUGUGGCAGGGCGGCCUCUUCAAUGCGAACUAUGACGUGCAAAGGUUCAUCGUUGGCUCGAAUCGUGCCAUCUUUAUGCUGCGUGAUGGCGGCUAUGCCUGGGAGAUCAAAGACUUUCUGAUAAGUCAAGAAAGGUGUGCGGAUGUUACUUUGGAAGGUCAGGUUUAUCCCGGCAAAGGAGCAGAAGAAAGUGAGAAAGUGAAAAACAAAACCAAACCUGAAAAAGCAAAGAAGAAAAAAAACGGGGACAAGAAAUCUAGUAGCGUCGAAGAGGACAACCGAGCAACCAAGCAGAGAGAGGAGCUAUGACAGAUACGAUAACCAGACAAUACUGCUCCGCUGUUCC